GAAGUAGUCUGAAUACUUUCCGAAUACUCUGUAUUAUUUAUGAACUUCACCCCUUCGCUGUGCCAUUUGGUACAUUCCAACCCCUCUCACUUGUAAUUGACUCCCCCUGUGUGUGUUUUGGUAUGUUCUAACCCUGUCUCCCCCCAUGUAGAGGGUCAGUUGGACCAUGCCGUUCUGCUGCAGGUUAUAAAGGAGCAGCAGGAGCAGCAGAAGAGACUGUUGGACCAGCAGGAGAAACUACUGGCUGUCAUACAGGAACAGCACCAGGAGAUGCACCCCAAAAAGACAGAUGAAGCUCCAGAGGCUGAUGCAGAGAAGGGAGUACAGGAGGAGGGGGGAGCAUCCAAGCCCAAAGACCCAGAUCAAGAUGGCCCUGCCCUGGCCUCAGACGCCAAGGAGCCCAACGGAGCAGGAGCUGGAGCUCUACAGGCCGGAGGGGCCGAGCAUCACGUCCAGCCCCAGAAUGAGGUCCUCCCUGUGGAGAAGAGUGCAGAAGAGCAGGUCGUGAAAGUGAUUCUCCCCGUGAUCCCCAAGGAAGUAGUCCAGGAAGUCCCUAAACAGGCGAUUGUGGCAGGAGUAGCAGUGGUGGCAGGGGCACCGUUGGAGGACCCUAAGGAGAGGGAGCUGGGAGCUAGAGGGGUACCGCUGGGUCAGAAGGUGGCAGAGGGGGUGAAAGUAGAACCAGACCAGCCCAAACACAGAAAGGAGCAGCCACCACCUGCUAAAGCUGAGGACGGGCCAGGGAAAGGAUCGGUAGAGGCAGUAGACAAGGACAAGGAGAGGAUGGAGAAAGAGACACUGGAGGAGGACAGGAUCAAUAGAGAGGUGCAGGCGAGAGUGGAGAAGGAACGGUUAGAGAGGGAGAGGAGAGGGAAACUGGUGAGAGAGCAGGAGAUGGAAAAAGACCAAGUAAAGAAGGAGAAAGAGAGGCUGGGAAAGGAGCGAGCAGAGAUGGAGAAGGCGUAUAAGGAGAAAGCAGAGCGAGAGAGGAUCCAGUGGGAGAAGGAAAAGACUGAGAGAGAGGUGAUGGAGAGAGCGAAGAGGGGAGGAAGAGGGGAGGAACAGGCUCUGGCUGUAGCUGAGCCAGGACCUGUCGAACCAGGAGUAGUAGGAGGAGAACUAGGGGCUGUGAAGAAGAGUGGACGGGACCUGAAGGAGAGGGCAGCCGUCCAGUCAGACUCCAGGGACUUUGUGGAAGCCCAGCCCCAGGUGAUCCACGAGAAGGAGAAGGCCAGGGAUCAAGGAGACAUGGACCUGAGGAGGAGAAGGAGAGCCCUGGGGGUAAGAGGUGCUGGAGGGGCAGGGGAGUCCAGGGAGGGUGACCUGGAGCCCUUCUUGGACAUGGGGGGGUCAGAUCUCCAUGCAGCCCUGGGGGGAGCACUGGUACACACACGCCAGAUUAAACAGACCUCUGAGCUUGAGAGAGACGAGUAACUGGGACACGGCAUACACGCACAUGAAUACGGUAUAACACACUCACGGACCGUUGGGUUGGACUGUGCGAAUCCCUAUAUUUAAACAAACACACUCACAUAGUGGGUCAGACUGUGCACACACACACUGGGUCAGACUGCGCUAACCGUGUACACAUAUUCAUACUAAUCACAACGCAUACACACACUCUUUCUCUCCCCCACACAGUCAUGUACCGUGGAUCACACUAUAUUGCCUUACCACCUGUCUUCACAAUACCUGACCAGUACAGGAGGAGUGUGAGUGUGUGAGAUGCAUUGAUGUGAUAGGGAACAUUCUGGCUACGUUUACACAGGCAACCCAAUUCUGAUCUUUUUCACAAUUAUUGGCAAAAGAUCUGAUCUGAAUUGUGCUGCCUGUAUGAAUGCAGCCACUGUGUCUUCAUGUGACCUUAGUCUGUGGGCUUCUAUUACCAAAUACUAGUGCUUUCUUUAGUGCUCCUUCCAUGAUUCCAGAAGAUACAGGAUAAUAGUGAUGAUAAAGAUAUUGUAGCAAUGAUCACAUAUUAUUCUAUAAUAUGCUGUAUAAUGCUGCCAUAAAUCUAGUCUUUAUUAAAAGUAUAUUUGUAUGUAAAUGUUAACUUAUUUUUUGUUUUCUCUGGGGUGAGAUUUGGACUAGAAUGUAUGUUAAGCUAUGCAAUACCACAUAGUUUCCUUUUUUUCCUGUGUUUGAGAGAGCAAUGUACCAUCUAUCCAAUGACUUGUAUUUUAGUCAUUUUAAAUCCCUUGAUACUUCUAAGUGAUUUGCCGUUUUCAUUUGGGCUCUGGAAAGAUUACUUGCUGGUGUUUUUGUUAAGCCCAAUGUAUGUUGGUUAUUGUGUGCUGUAAAUAGCGUCUAUAUGUUCUCUGAACUGUAGCUAAAUGUCCUCGUGCUGGCUUUUACAUGUUCUUUGAACGCUUUCCAAAAAUAUUUAAUUGGGGAUCAAUUGGUUAGCUUCAGUGCUUCUUCCAGAUAAUUUGACUCUUGAUUUUGAAAACAAGAAUGUAGUGCUGUCGAAAUGUGUAUCCUUAUCAUACACAUACAGUACAAUUCCAAUAUGAUUUUAUAUGUAAGUUCUGAAUCCAUAACUCUGUGAUUCUACAUUCCAUGUUCUUGUGCCUUACAUGUGCUUCAGCAGUGUUUUUUUGUGACUUAAAAGGAAUAUGGUUCUUUUGUUUUGUCAUAUCCUGUGUGUGAGGGCUCCACUGCUUUGUGCCUCUAUCCCAACUUGGGGUGAAAUUAAUGGGUCGAAGUGAACAUCUUUAUGCCUGUAUUGAGAUGUAAAUGUAGAAUUUCCAGAACUCGAGUGCAAUUAGUCGUCAUCUCUCGCUCUCUAUUCUUGUAGCAUUUGAAACAGUGGCUUGGACUUCUACAAUGGUGCCCUGUGAUGUGGCUACCAUAAGAACAGUGAAUGAAAUGGACUUCAUAGAGGGAGGACAUCAACAGUGGCUUCAUAACUGCUCAUGACUUCUUUAGAGUUAUUUAAGUCUGGGUCGACUCAUAUUUCUGAAAAUGUCAAAAUAUGAAAUGUUGGUUGUCAAUGUGUGUUGUGUACAUUAAAGAAAGAGACCCCAUACA